CCGAGCGCCUUCCGGCCACAGAGCGCGCCGCGCGGGGGAGCUCAGCCGCCGGCUCCUGGCCCCGCCGCCAGCCGCCCCGGGGCUACCAAAGUUUCUCGGUCACGUGCACGCCCCUGCGGGCCGCAGGAGAAGAUCCCCGAACUACGGCGGAGAGGCCUGCCCGUGGCUCACGUCGCUGACGCCAUCCCCUACUGUUCCGCUGACUGGGCGCUCCUGAGGGAGGAGGAAAAGAAGAAAUAUGCAGAAAUGGCUCGAGAGUGGAGAGCCGCCCAGGGGAAGAACUCUGGGCCUUCGGAGAAGCAGAAACCUGUUUCCACCCCACUGAGGAGGCCAGGCAUGCUUGUACCAAAGCAGAAUGUUUCACCCCUGGAUAUGUCAGGCUUGUCUCUAAAAAGUGAUCAAGCUGUCCUUGGAGGCAUUUUUUAUUUUUUGAACAUUUUUAGCCAUGGCGAGCUACCUCCUCACUGUGAACAGCGCUUCCUCCCUUGUGAAAUAGGCUGUGUUAAAUAUUCUCUCCAAGAAGGUAUUAUGGCAGAUUUCCACAGCUUUAUAAAUCCUGGUGAAAUUCCACGAGGAUUUCGGUUUCAUUGUCAGGCUGCAAGUGAUUCUAGUCACAAGAUUCCUAUUUCAAACUUUGAAUCUGGGUGUGACCAAGCAAUGGUGUUACAAAACCUUUAUAGAUUCAUUCAUCCAAAUCCAGGGAACUGGCCACCUGUCUACUGCAAGUCUGAUGAUAGAGCCAGAGUCAACUGGUGUUUGAAGCAUAUGGAGAAGUCAUCAGAAAUCAGGCAAGAUCUAGAACUUCUCACUGUAGAGGAUCUUGUAGUAGGGAUCUACCAGCAAAAAUUUCUCAAGGAGCCCUCUAAGACCUGGGUUCGGAGCUUCCUAGAUGUGGCCAUGUGGGAUUAUUCUAGCAACACAAGGUGCAAGUGGCAUGAAGAAAAUGAUAUUGUCCUCUGUGCUUUAGCUGUUUGCAAGAAAAUUGCAUACUGCAUCAGUAAUUCUCUGGCCACUCUCUUUGGAAUCCAGCUCACAGAGGCUCAUGUACCCCUUCAAGAUUAUGAGGCCAGCAAUAGUGUGACACCGAAAAUGGUUGUAUUGGAUGCAGGGCGUUACCAGAAGCUAAGGGUUCAGAGUCCAGGAUUCUCUCAUUUCAGCUCUUCUAAUCAGGAACAGAGAUCAAACACACCCACUGGUGACUCCCCAUCUGGGGUGAAAACAUCUGGCCAAAACAGCAGUGUUCGGGGAAGAGGGAUUACCCGCUUACUAGAGAGCAUCUCCAAUUCCUCCAGCAAUAUCCACAAAUUCUGCAACUGUGAGACUUCACUCUCACCUUACAUGUCCCAAAAAGAUGGAUCCAAAUCUUUCUCUUCCUUAUCUUAAUGAUGAUACUUUUUUCAAUUUCUGGAAGAACAACGGACCCGACUUCCGUUCUGACUACAGUCAUAUUAAACAGAUCACAUCAACAAUAAAUGUCACUACUAUAAGAACUACUUAAUUUGUAAGGAAAUUCUGUUUCAUAGAUUAAAAAUAAUUGUGGUUGGAGAAGAUCUUGGCAUUUUUGCUUUUUUCUUGAGGGCUUGUUCUACUUUCUGACUGUAUUAUGGGAAUGCCAUUAAAGUUUUGAGUCCUAGCUUUUACAGAGUUGUGCUUU